AUGACGAACGAACACACAACAGUUGAGCAUCCUCAGACUCUGCUUAAUGGACAAAUUGCAUCUGGAUCUGCAAAUGGAAGUCCAACAUCAGGAAAUCCAACUCCAGGACAAGGUAUUGACUAUAAUCAUUCCCUAUUUCUUAGUCCUACUGAUGUGAGUGGGAUUAGUACCAUCUCGUUUCAGUUGUUAGGAAUUGAGAAUUAUACCUUGUGGAAUAGAUCAGUUAGGCUAGCUCUGCUAGGGCGGAACAAAAUUGGUCUAAUUGAUGGCACUUCUAGAAAGGAGGUAUACAAUGAUGACUUAGGGGGACAUUGGGAAAAAGUGAAUGCAAUUGUGUUAUCCUGGCUUAUGAACUCGGUGUCUAAGAGUUUACUGAGUGGAAUAGCUUUUGCUACUACUGCGUUUGAUGUUUGGAAUGACUUAAAGGAAAGGUUUGACAGAGUGGAUGGGUCUAGAACCUAUAGUCUCCAUAAAGAUAUCACCUCCUUACAACAAGGAACUGCUUCUGUGUCUGUGUACUACACUAGACUGAAAACUUUGUGGGAUGAAUUUGAGGCCUUAGUGCCUCCUUCCUACUGCAAUUGUGACAAAUCAAGAGGUUUUGCCUAUGCUAUGAUAGUGGGGGAUGAGAGUCAAAAAGCUGUAGUUACCAGCACUGGUGGUAUAGGCAUGAGUGCAGUUGGUAUGGAGUCAUUGUCUUUGUAUUCUAAGGUUGGUAAUAGCUCAGGCGUAAGUCAAAGGUUCAAGAGGAACUCCCUUCUAGUGUGUGAAUUAUGUAAAUGCAAAGGACACAACAAGGAAUUCUGCUACAAGGUGAUAAGGUAUCCUCCUGAUUUCAAGUCCAAAAAAAAGGUUCAAAGUGGUUCAUCUGCAACUGGUACAUCUGACUCUUAUCCAGGAUCUUUACCAGCUCAAGCCAAUUUCUCAUAUGGCUCGAAUAAUAAUGCUCAUAUGCCAGAUUUGGGACACACUGGUGAUCCUGUGUCUACUAACAGAUAUGCAGGAUCUGUUAUGUCUACAACAGGGUCUGGUGCUUCUGCAGUUCCUCACUACACUAAGGUUGCAAGCCAUGCUGAGAAGGAGAAUAAACCAGAACAUACUACCAGUAAUGGUAAUGUAGCACACACUGCAGGUAAUGUUCUCUUUGUAUCUGACAAUAGUCAAGUCUGGAUUAUUGAUACAGGAGCUACAGAUCAUAUGGUGUCUAAUUUGGAUGUGUUGACUAAGGAGACUGUGUCAAAACUUGAAGUUCCUAGGACAGUAUCUCUUCCUAAUGGUGAUGUCACUCAAGAGCUCUUCAGUGGAAGGGUGAAGGAGGUUGGUAAGGAAGAUGGUGGUCUAUAUGUGCUGUUGAGCCAACUAAAUAACUACAAGAAAGAUUCUCUGUGUGCUGGUUCUAAGCUGGACUCAGUACUCCAGGAAUCCACUUUGGAGUUAUGGCACAAAAGACUUGGACAUGUGUCCUCAGUAGUUCUCUCUAAAAUGUUUGCUAUGAAUAAACAAAAUUUGGGGAUCAUUCAUCAAAGAACUUGUCCAUAUACUCCUCGACAAAAUGGUGUGGUUGAAAGGAAGCAUAGACAUUUGUUUGAGGUAACAAGAGCACUUAGAUUUCAAGCAAAAAUUCCUUUGAAGUAUUGGGGACACUGUGUGCUGGCUGCUGCUUAUGUUAUUAACAGACUACCUAGUAGUGUGCUUCAAUUUCAGACACCUUAUGAGAAGCUGUAUGGGAGCCCAUAUGUACUAACUCACUUGAGGACUAUAGGCUGUUUGUGUUUUGCAAAAGUCCUCAAUGAGCAUGACAAGUUGCUCCCAAGAUCAAGACCAACAAUACAUAUGGGAUACUCAGAUGUACAAAAGGGGUACUUAUUGUUGGAUUUACAUAGUAAUUCUUUUUUUACUAGUAGAGAUGUGCUCUUUCGAGAAGACAUCUUUCCUUUUGCUCAAAUGGACAACUCAGCCCCUCCGCCUAUCUUUGUAGAUUCUUUACAAAACAACCCUGAGUUAUCUAUUCAAAUAGAUCACUUCCCUCUUGUUCUUCAAAAGGCUGACAAUAUGGUGAAUGCAUGCUCACAAAAUCUAGAGUCUGAGGUCCUAACAGGGACAAGAAGAUCCACUAGAGUCAAGCAUUCUCCACCAUGGUUGAAAGACUUUGUCUCAUUGAGUGCUACUAAGGGUGUAAAGUUUCCAUUGUCUGAUUACAUGAGUUAUUCUCACAUGUCUCCCCACUAUCAAUGCUAUAUUGCAACAACCUCUUUCAUUAGAGAACCAACUACUUAUUCAGAGGCUAUCAAAGAUCAGAGAUGGAUUGAUGCUAUGAAGGCUGAAAUUCAGGCUUUGGAAAACAACCAGACUUGGCAGAUUACUGAUCUACCUUUAAGUAAAAGGCCUAUUGGCUGCAAAUGGAUUUACAAGAUGGUUACAGUGAGAUCUAUUGUUGCUCUAGCUGCUUCUAGACAGUGGCAUAUUCACCAAAUGGAUGUCUUUAAUGCAUUCUUACAGGGUGAUCUGACAGAUGAAAUUUACAUGCACCUGCCUCAAGGUUUUGUCAGUCAAGGGGAGAAGGUGUGUAGACUAACAAAAUCUCUCUAUGGACUGAAGCAAGCCCCAAGGCAAUGGAAUCACAAGUUAACUGAGGCCCUUAUCAAGCUGAAUUUCAAGCAGAGUCAACAUGAUUACUCCUUGUUCAUAAAUAAGUCAGAUGCAGGGAUCAUUAUAGUACUUGUGUAUGUGGAUGAUAUGUUAGUAACUGGGAGUAGUUUGAAGCUAUAG